CUUCAGAAAGAAGUUGCUGAAUACCUGUAGAGUCUUGCCUUUGUGUUUUUUCUCUUAGACUCGAUCGGACCAAUGACGUCAUUAAGGUACUCCCAUCUCGCAGAGCGAAGGGACUUCUGGACCUGCAUGGAUCUCAACUUCCUGAAGAGGCUCCAAUCUUCCUGAGAUUGACUUUUGAGAUCACGAUUAUAUACACGACGCUUCUGUCUGAUCUUGCUCUUAAUUUCCCUAGUGAUGUAAGGCAGGUUAAAUCUGGUACUGCUCAUCUUGCUAGGGAUUCUCCUUUAGUGCAGUUCUAUUGAGUGAAACGAUAUGACUUACAUGUGAUGCCUCAGCAGAUAUAAAAAGAGGUCAGGUACCAAUUAGGAAUGAGAAGGUCUCAAAGAUGACUAUGCUAAAGGUCGGAGUAUCAUCAGUGUUUGAACGGGCAAAGAUUGUAGCGAUCAGUCUCUGGAUGACACUUGCCAUCUCUUGUGAGGCAUCCAAUAUACUGGUAAGCCCCCUCAUUGGCAAAGGAAGUCAUUUCUACCUCUCAGCUGCCAUUGGAGAACAACUCCUUACCCGGGGCCAUAAUCUAACCUAUCUUGUCAGUAACGCCUUCGAAGACCAUGUCAGACAGAGUCGUUUUGGUGAGAUGUUCCAUUAUGAAAUAUUCAAGCAUUCCAUCCCGGCAGACGAAAUCCAUGAGCAGUUCAACAACUUCAGCCGAUCUCUUUCAUUACCUGGUAGGGGAAAUGAAAUGGAAGUUAGUUUCAUGAUACUCGCAACACGACAAAAUGACUGUGCCACCAUUCUGGAAGAUAAAAUGCUCAUGUCUCGACUUCGAUCUGCAAACUUCUCGUCACUCUUAUAUGAUAUUACCUGGGCAUGUGGAGCAAUAAUCGGAGAGGUUCUCAAUAUUCCAUACUUUGCAGUCGUUCCCUAUCCCAGUCCUUGCUUCCACACAGCAAGUGAAGGUUCAGGCUUCAAUCCAGCUUUUGUACCGUCUAUGUUGACCUCUUACUCCCACAUAAUGUCUUUCAAAGAACGCCUAGUUAAUACAUUUUCUUUCGUAAUGCAUCGCAACUUGGCAAUACAAUUCUCGUUUAAACCUUACAAAGAAUUAUCAAAUCAAUAUAAUCUUCUAGACCCAUAUGAACUUAUAAAGAGGACAAAGAUGUGGUUUGUGAACAGCGAUUUUGUAGGAGAAUAUCCUUGUGCAUUACCACCUAAUGUCAUCCCAGUCGGUGGUCUUACAGCGAAGGAUCCUGAGCAACUCCCAUCAGACAUUGAGUCCUUUAUUCAAGGUUCAGAAGGAGAUGGUAUCAUCAUCUGUUCAUUUGGGACCUUUUUGGUACUGGACGAAUCAAACAUGGCACUGGUGAAGAUAUUUAUGGAAGCCUUCGCUAGGUUACCUCAAAGAGUCAUCUGGCUCUUGAAGACAUCUCCACCGUUUCCGAUCCCGUCAAGUAUUAAGAUUGUCCCAUGGUUGCCUCAGAAUGAUGUCCUUGGACACCCUCAGACAAAAGCUAUUUUCUUUCACGGUGGUCACAACAGCUACUAUGAAGCUAUCUAUCAUGGCGUUCCUGCAGUCGUCAUGCCAAUCUUCGCAGACCAGUUUGGUGUCUCAAAUAGAAUCACACAGUUCGGCUUGGGGCUGAAGUUAAAUAAAGAAGAAGUAACAUCAGAUUUGAUUUACGAAGCUCUUUACGAAGUGACUUCUAAUAAGACAUACAUGCAAACAGCCAAAAGGAUGUCGGCUAAUUUUCGGAAUCGGCCAAUGAAGCCUGCUGAACGGGCAGCAUUUUGGAUUGACCACGCUAUCAAACAUGGUACUGAUAAUUUUGAGUUACCUGUAGACUCUUUGAAUAUUUUCCAGUACUAUCUUAUCGACGUUAUAGCUUUCAUAUCUGUGUUUAUGAUAUUUUCUAUUUACCUUUUAUUCAAAUGUACCACAGUAGUAUGCAUCCAUAUAUAUCGUUUUCGAAAUAUAUCUAAAAACAAGAAAAUUGAUUAAUUACAGAUAAAUAUCACUUACUAUACAUGCUAUUACAUGCUAUAUAUCCCCAUAUACAAUAUAUGUAUAUAUUUUUUAUCAUGCUUAUAUUAUGCGCGCUUAUACACCCAGUAUAAGUCAAGAAUAAAGUAGGAUUGAUUAUA